UCCAUCGUCUGUUCACCAGGCUCGGUUUGAUUACUGUCUAGUUCGUAGAUAUCUUGUCUCUUCUUGGUAUCCGACGCCUUUCUUGUCAUUAAAUGACUCCGCAAGUAUUGGAUGACGGGUCCCCGGUCCAAUCUCGCCUCCUGCAGAGCCAGUUCUCGUUCAAACGUCAGGGAAAUUCUGGCUUCGUUCCUGGUCAAACGAUAACUUCAAAUGCAUCUGGCUUCCCCGACGAAACUUCUUUUGCACAACCAUAUAAUUUCUUGGACCCUUCUAGAGACUCGUUUGUCAUGCACGCUAGGGCACCUCAAGCAAACCAGUCCCUGAUAUCCGCUUCGCAUUACCCUUCUGACGGUCUCUCUAGCUCUGGACAUGAAUCUGCUGAGGAUGAACCUAGAAACAGCGCGCAUAUAUCCAACUUGAAAGUACCUAUUGCCUUGCGGUCUUCCUCUGUCCUCUCUAGUCGCUCUCGGAUGCCUGUGCCUCCUACUGCGGCGACUGAGUCCACACGUUUAACUCUGAACAAACUUGCACUAAAGGGAUCUGCCCCACAUUUGAGGCCAGGCAAGAGCCUUCAGCAACGACUAAACGCUAAUGAGCGGAGGGAUGACGACUCUGAGGUAUAUUCUGCAUUCAGCAAAGAGCAGGAAUAUAGACAUAAUACCCCCGUCAAGGUCCAAGACUCUCAAGUACCUAGGCUACCGCGCUCUCAUACUCCACGACCAGAACCUCGCAUGCCUGCAGCACACUCUAGAAGCGUUUCUGUGGUCUCUGGAAUGGCUCACGAUGAGGACAUCUCGUCUAUCAUGAUGCGCGGUGCCACUGAUUUACGCAACACCAAGUUCGAAAUUGAAGAGCAGCGCAAAGAAAUAUCUUUCUUGCAGUCCCAGCUUGAGUCCGCUAAGGCCGAGAAAAAAGAAGCCUUGCAACGCGUCAAGGCUGUGAAGGAAGCCGCUAAGCAAGGCUUAGAGAAGAGUUCCAAGAGCUUGGACGAUAUGAGGACUACCCUUGACAGCUUGAAGACUCAGGCAUCUGAAUCGUUCGCCAUCGUGGGACAAGCCAAAAUGUCAUUCAGCGACGUUCAAGACCUUCGUGAAACAGUUUUAACAAGCCUCAAGAGUAUUGAACCGCUUCUAGAUGAUGACGGACACUCUUUUCAGGCGGAAGAGAUGCGAAACGUCAUUAAGGAACUUCAGACGGAAUGUACAAAUUCUCACCAAGUUACGGAUCUCCUGCGGGACCGAUUGCAAACAAUUGGCGACGAGCUUGUCGAUGCUAGAAAUCGUACAGUGGAUGUCGAACAACAGCAGGCUAGUGACAGAGAAGCAAUCCGCUCAUUGAGCAAUAACCUGUCUGAGGCUGGUCAGCAAGUCGCUGAACUGACGGGACGACUGAAGGAACAGCAAUCAAAGUCCUAUGAUAUACUUCUCACUGCUGCAGAUGUCGAAGCGAGACUCUCUGCUUCUAACCAAGAAAAUGCGAGGCUCAUCGAGGAGCUGACUUCGAAGAACGCAGAGAUAGCCACCUUGCGACUUUUUGAACAGAGGAGUGCCACAUUGGCUGCUACGUUACAAGAAAAGGAUGUCUACAUAUCUCAACUUGAACCACUGAAAGAGCAACUGUCUAAUGCAAUAUCUACGUCGAACGCGCUGGAAUCCAAACUCUGCGCUCUUGAAAGUGAGUUCUCCGCCAAAGAAAGUCAUCUUAACGCGCUUCAGAGCAGGAUAUCCGAGCAGGAGGCCGAAUCGCAAGUGAAUAAUAAUGAACUUCUUGGCUUAAAAGAAAUUCUCGGUGCUAGCAACGCAACUGGAGACGCCUUACGGAAACAAAAUGCAAAGCUGGUGGGGGAUGCUGAGGCAUUGGAUAUCAAGGUCACUCAGGCACAGAACGAGUUACGCGACUUGAGGAAAGACCUGGAAAUCCGCACGGAGAAGCUUCAUCAAGCCAAUACUCGAUAUCAGGUGAUGGAGGAGCGAUUCCAAGACCAAUCCGUCACUCUACGUAUUACUAAGGAAUCUUUAGGCGACAUGCAGGAUCGCAUAAUUGAGUCAGAAGCCAAAUUUGCCAGGGAAAUUGAAGCAACUGCAGGGACUUUGAAAUGCGAAAUUGCUGUUCUCACUACUCAGAAUUCAUCGCUGCGGGAGAAGAUUGAAGUUCUCGAGGAUGUCGUCAAGAGUAAAGAAGAGGAGAUACAAUGUAACAUGGUCGCAUACGGGAAACAAUUGAAAGACCAGGAGAAGACUUUGACCGACAUGCUCAACAACGUAGAGAAACGCUUCACCGUACUGGAGAAGGACUUAGCAGAAGCACAACUUGGGAGCGAACAACUCAAACAACAAUUAGCGGAUGCACUCGCGGCUCACCAGGAUAUCGAACAGCAGUUGCGGAAUGCAAAAAUUGUCCCAGAAGCUCAUCAGGAAGAAAUCUCCGAGCUUACGCGUCGGUUGAAUGAAUGCAACCAAGAGGUUUCCCGUCUUCAUGCAAGAACCAAGACCAUUGGGGCUCGAUACAAGAACGGGGAUUUGAACGAUGAAGAACGCGCAUUCACAAACUCUCUCAUUCAAACGUCGCAGUCAAUCCAUGAACAAGAAUUAAUUGCUAAAGGCAAUGAGCUGCGACGUCGCGACAAUACUAUCGCUGAGCUACGAUCAAGAAUCAAUCUUCUCGAAGCUACUCUGGCCAAACACCUGAAAUCUCAAGCCAAGGCACAAGUCACUACGGGAGGUGGCAACGGGUCUCUUAUUGAUCCAACUUCGUGGACGUCUUCAGACCGAAGCAGUUCUCCGUUUGUACCAGCUAAUGCAGCUAACGAAGCUGAGCCUCAAGAUGGCGAAACAAAUACUUCCAAACCAGCUUCGGAUUCGUCUCGUCGGCCAAUCCUCGGAAACAUGCUUCCGCCUGUUCUAACUACGCCACUUCAGGCGUCCCGACCAGCCGAUGUUUACCGACCCUCAGCCAUACAAGUGCCCAGGACUCCUGCGCCAGUAGCUAUUCGAAAGACCCCCGCCACUAAUCGUUCAGCACAUUCUCCUAGCAAACCCAUAUUCGGUCGCCUUGCUCGAGGUUGUUCUGACGAUAUAGAAGAAUUCGAACCGGAGCUCAGCCCUCUCUCGCCGCCUCCAGUGAAGCUAGGAAAGCGAAGCAAGCCCGAUGCGCCUUCGACACCUGCAAAUGCACGAAGUCCGCCUCGGCAGACCAAACGCUUGAGGGUCGGAACCCGCAAUAGACCUGAAGGUCGGGCGAAUGAACCAGUUGCUUCCAAGGUGGUGGAAGCUGCACCGAAGACGAGAGCUCGUCGCAAGCGUUGAAACCAUGAUAUUUGGGAUUGUCGAUUGUAUUAAAUUCAUUUCGAAGUCGUUUGUACAUGUGUUCAGUAAUGUCUGUUUGUUAACUAUGACUGAGCAGCCCCCUUCUUCAAACUACUGUAAUCAGCGAAAUAUCAUUCCCUCCGU